GGCUCGUUCCUGAUUGGCCUAGUCGACUGAAUGGAGUCGACGCGAUCGUUUCCCUAUGGCUCUGCUGCUGAGAGGCAAUGCCGCGGCGUGGCCGAAACAAAAUGUAUCAUGGAUGAAGACAUAGCCGAAAGUUGGGAGGAAGCUGCUGACAGUGGGGAAAUGGAAAGGAGAUUGGAAGAGAAGCUAAGGAUCAGCCAGAGAGAAAAGGUGUUGAGUAAUAGCUCUUCACGGUCGCCGCUGAGGACGGCCAUCGUGAUCCAGGACGACUCCCUGCCGGCGGCACCCCCACCCCAGAUUCGCAUCCUAAAGCGGCCGUCCGCCAACGGCUCCCUGGGAUCCCCUGGGAGCCAGAACAGGCCCACGCCCCAGGUGAAGUCUCUGGCCCAGCGGGAGGCCGAGUACGCAGAGGCCAGGAAGAGAAUUCUGGGCAGUGCCAGCCCAGAAGAAUCGCCUCAAGAGAAGCCCAACACAGACAGGUCCGGGCGUGUCACCGGCACUUCACCCUCCGCCGAGCCCCGAUCAAACAACAACAACAACAACACAGUCCGCCAGCCCGCGGGGCCUGACGGAACUCAGGGCUUCCGGCAGCACAGAUAAUCAGCCAACCCGAGGGAGGAGGACCCCCAACACCCGGACAGUGGCCCCGCUCCUCGGAGCUAAGGGAAUACACCUGAGAGUAACUUCUGCUGGGGGCCCGGGGCCGAAGGAGCCGAGCGCCGCCACCACACCGCUUCUCGCCCCCCCCCUUUUUUUGCUGCCGAUAUGGGCGAGGGGGGGGUUAGGAGUGACGCAAAGUACACGUUGACGUUCACGAUGAAAGGAAGAGACGCCCUUCUUCCUCCCCUGCUCCAGUCUGUCGGACACUGUGAUUUUCCAAGACCAUCUUCAGGACCCACUGUGAUGAUCCAUUAAGAGCCCCCAGCCACAGUUCACCAAGCAGGUCUUACCGGUCUCCCAGAGUCUCCACCCAGUCCUGUACCCCCCCCCCCCCCCCCCACCCCGUGUCGUCCUGGGACUAUGCUCUCAAGGGGUGCCCGUGGUGUCUCUGUUCCCAACGGAUUGCAGCCAUGCCAGCCUCUGUGUGAUGGAGGCUCAGGAGUGAAGCCUUUGGGGUGGGUGGUGGGCCGGGCUGGGUCACCAGAAGCCUGCAAUAAGCCGGUUUCCUCUGGACCAGGUGGUCCACAGCAAUAACAUCUGUACCUAGCCCAGCCCCUUGCUGUCUUGUUUUUUAUUCAUCCGAUAUCGUUUCAGCAUUUUAAUUUUGUUUUAAGUGAAAUAACAGGGGCAGUUGUUCGGUGAGAAAUAUAUUAUUUAUGUUUUGUAUGCAGCAGCUUUCUACCUGUGCUUUUUCACCUUUUUUUCCCACUUGCAAUGUCCUUAUUUCAAGCUAAAAUGCAAACCUAUCCCGCAAAAACCCCGACAGGCCAAAUGGACCUCAAUCCAUUUGAAUGCAGAUUUUUAACGUCAUGACCAAAUCCCCAUUUUAAUUCAGACAACCUUACUCAACAUGAUUAUUUUUAUUUUUAAAGUGCAUUCACUUGUGUCCGGAUCGUCAAAUUGUAUUUGGUUUUUAGGGAGAGAUGACUGCUACUCAUGAAGCAUACGUGCUGUAAGCUGUGUGCCUGCCUGUUCUUCACUGACUCAGGUCCCAGGAAGAGACGGAAUGAAUGGAUUGGACUCGGAUUGUAAUUUCUUUUUCCUUUCACCUCAACUGGGUCUGAGGGUGCUAGCAGUAUAUGUCCGUCGUAAAAGGGAGAUCUGGCAAAA